UCCCUUCAUUUUUCUGAAGGUGUCGGGCAUAGUAUUUCAUUUUCUCCUCACCGAAACAACUUUAAGUAUUGCGAUAACAGAAGUUGCCUGUGGAAAGGUGUUUAAGACGAUAAGGUAAACGGAAAGAAAGGACAUCAUAAUAAAGUACUGCGGAGGAAUUUUUCUCCAGCUGUGAGACGCCGGGGAAGAGUGAAUGCGAUUGAGAGAGGCUCAGAGAAUUGUCCUCUGUACUGGGGACAUUCUUUAGCUCCAGGUUCCUGCCUAGCCCCAUCGUCAGCAGAGAGAUGGAAACUUUGAUGACUAGUUCCACGCUGCCUUCCCUUUAUGCAGAGGAAGAUGGCUCCAAGGAGAAUAGUGAUCUGGCUACAACCCGGCUAAGCCACGCAGAUAUUCCAUUUAAUACUGGAGCCACAUCAUCUACCAACAAUCCAGAAUUUGUGGAGGGUCUCUCCCAAGAUCAGUUGCUUCAGAAUGAGCCUUCAAACACAGCAGAAGGCAGUGAACAGAGGCAUGAAGAUGAGCAAAGAAGUAAACGAGGAGGGUGGUCCAAAGGAAGAAAGAGGAAGAAACCUCUUAGAGACAGCAAUGCACCCAAAUCCCCUCUUACAGGAUAUGUUCGGUUCAUGAAUGAACGUCGAGAACAGCUUCGAGCAAAGAGACCAGAAGUUCCAUUUCCAGAAAUCACAAGAAUGUUAGGCAAUGAAUGGAGUAAACUGCCUCCUGAGGAAAAACAGCGCUAUCUUGAUGAAGCAGAUAGAGAUAAGGAGCGUUACAUGAAGGAACUGGAGCAGUAUCAGAAGACUGAGGCCUACAAGGUGUUCAGUAGGAAAACCCAGGACCGUCAGAAAAGCAAAUCUCAAAGACAAGAUGCAGCCAGACAGGCCACUCAUGAUCAUGAGAAAGAAACAGAAGUAAAGGAACGAUCUGUUUUUGACAUCCCUAUAUUUACAGAGGAAUUCCUGAACCACAGCAAAGCUCGGGAGGCAGAGCUUCGCCAGCUUCGCAAAUCAAACAUGGAGUUUGAAGAGAGGAAUGCAGCCCUGCAGAAGCACGUGGAGAGCAUGCGCACAGCAGUGGAGAAGCUGGAAGUGGAUGUGAUCCAGGAGCGAAGCCGCAACACUGUCUUACAACAGCACCUGGAGACCCUGCGGCAAGUGUUGACCAGCAGCUUUGCCAGCAUGCCCUUACCUGGAAGUGGAGAGACACCUACCCUGGACACCAUUGACUCAUAUAUGAACAGACUGCACAGUAUUAUUUUAGCUAAUCCCCAAGACAAUGAAAACUUCAUAGCUACUGUUCGAGAAGUUGUAAACAGACUUGAUCGUUAAGGAAUGGUAUUAGAGCUCCAAGAUGUGAGGAAGGAGAAGCCAUCUCUGAAAAUUUGAACUGAGUAGAAGCAGAGGAGUACAGAUGACUCUGCUUGUGAAGGAACUAUCAGCUGUGAGUUAAAUGCCUUCACCCAGGAAGCCAUAUGAGGGAGCGGCAAAAAGAACAUGUUUAUGAGCUUCCUAUGGAAUCCUCUUUGCGAAGCUUUGAAAGUGUGCAGCCACUCUCCCAAGUCUUCAGUUUUCUAUCAUCUGCUUUUCUGUUAAAUUGGAUCUGCAUAUAAUCUAUUGUCAUCUUCUGCAGCAUAAAGGAAGCCUUCUCAUUGUUCUACUUCAGAUUUGGACCCUUUUAUCAGUGGCACUCUGGUUUUCUUAUCUACCUGUCACUUUUUUAAUGCCUUUGGUUGUUAUCUUUUUAUUCCCUUAACCCCCACCAAGUUACACUUCUCCAUUUUCUGACCUCUGGGCUUUGUUGCUCAGCAGGGUUCUGAAAGAGAGUUUCUCUUAUUGGACAGGCCCAAUCUUCUCCUAUCUUCAGCCUACUUGACUCCAAAGAAAGGAGCUUCUUUUUAACUAGGUUCUGUGGCGGAGACUGUUUCCUGUCCCACACAGUGUGCAGUGGGUGCCAGCCCUCGUGGAGGCUUUGUGAUUGCUACCCUGAGAAAAAGCUUUCCUUCCUCCUCAGUACUGCCUGCUGUUUUCUGAGCUUAACUCCUACACAUACCCUGCAUUCCAGCCCAGAUUCUUCUGUUCCCAUCUGUUGACAAUGUCUUCUGGAGCAUUUUUUGCUGUGGAAAAAAUCAUUGGUAAUUAGGAGAGAACAGAAAAAGUAGUCUCUCAUUUGGCAUUGGGGAAAAUAAAAAGGUUUAUCAUAAGUAAAACUGACUCUACUUAAGGUACACUGAUUCGUGGAUGUGGAUAGGCAGAGAUGUCAUCACAAUAGUCUCUUGAGCUGACAAGAAAGGACACAGAGGAAUUCCCAUGUCCUUUGUCUUCCUUCUAUAACCAUACUGUAGAAUCUAUUGCAAAAGGACAGGCUUUCCUUCCUUUUCCCCCUUUAGUAAGUACAUUUUUUUAAAAAACACCAAAGAAAAGAGGGGUUCCUGAUUCACACCUAAAGGUUUGGUUUUGUCUUGAUGCUCUACAGCACAAGACUGUCUGUUGCAGCUCUGGUCUUUGGAACCAAAGCCAGGCAUGCUCAGCCCAUUGUCCAGGCACCACACUACUAAAGCAGGUGGACGUGUGGCCUCCUCACAACAUUCUUACAAAUCAGGGUGCAAGUCGGAAACCCCCUGGUGACAUUGCUGUACCAUCCUGUCUUUUUACCUGAUUUCUUCAAUAGCCCAAAGAGGUGGGGAGAUAGCCUUUUUAAUUUAAUUUUUAAAUGUAUUUUUAUUAUUGAUUUCAGAGAGGGAGAGAGAGAUAGAAACAUCAAUGAUGAGACAGAAUCACUGAUCAGCUGACUCCUGCAUGCUCCACACUGGGGAUUGAGCCUGAAACCCAGGCAAGUGUCCCUACUGGGAAUCGAACCAUGAUCUCCUGGUUCAUAGGUUGACACACUGAGCCACACCAGCCAGGCAGGACAGCCUUUUUUAAUGUCUCAUAUGAGCACACAUCAAAUUUCCAUGCACUGAAGCCCACAUAUCACCACUUGGCAAUAUUUUAGAAUAAGAGCCCAUCAUUAUCUAUGGCUUAUUGCUAUAAUCCUAGCCUACUAAUCUGCUUUUUUCCGUAUUUUUCUAUUCUGUUCUCACCUGUCACUGCUGGUGCUGUCACUUCUCUCAGAUUCCUUGCCUGCUAAAUCCAACCUAGAACACACUGUCUAUAGCAGAAGGACAUCCAAGCCAGUUCUGGGAAUUUGUGACUGCCCUCUGCCAGAUACCUUCUGAUUUUUCUUCCUCCUGAUAUUUCUCUUGUUUCUUCCUCCUGUUAGUUUUGUGCUGCUAUGUUAGAGUGCUCUUAACCAGGAAAGGCUAUAACUUAGUCCAAAGAUCAUCAUUCUCCUGACUCUAGAUAUAGAACACCUGACAUUGACUUAAAACAUCUGCAUAUUCAGGAAUGCAUGAGAUCUUGAAAAAGCCUACAGUCUGAAAUCAUUUUCACAAAAUAAGCAGCCUGCUUUUGAAAUGCUGGCUCUCCCAGCACCUAUAUCCCUGACUCACUGGUGACUGGGAUUCAACUGCCACAAUACCAUCAGGUCCCAUAAAGCAGGUCUGUGUUGCCUCCUCUCUCCUCUGUGGCCAACCAGGAGGUAGCAAAUGAGGUUUCAGACUAACAUGAUACCUAAUUCAUGCUUUCCGAUAACCUUAUCGAUAUUACUGCAUUUAUGGUCUUCUCAAAAAAUCAGUUGUUCCCUAUUCAAUGUUACAGAUUUUUUUUUUAUUAAAACACAAGGGACAGCUAAGGAAAGUGAGACAAAGUGUUUUAUUUCUAACAAAAUUAAAUUUUAGAAAAAAUAUGUGUACAUAUAUUUGGAACUGUUGAAUUGCCAAGUUUUCUGUACAAAUGUUUUUGUAAUUAAACUUUUGUAUUUUUUUUGUUUUUUAAGAAGUCAAUAUGCUUGCUUGACAUCUGCCUUAUUAAAACUUUUAUGUUGAGUCCAUCCUA